CGUAUGUGGCAAAAAAAUAAAGCCUAAAAUCUGUCACUUGGAAUGGAACUUGUGAGAAGGAUAAAUGGAGAGGCACAUCAAAACUCACGUAGGUGUCGUUUAGUUCUUCGAAUUUAAGAAUUUCAGAGUGCCUUUUACGAAGAGAGUUCGGCACGAACCACCGUCCGUGGAUUCUCAUUCUACCCAACUACCAUGUUCCCGAGAUUCAAUUCCCAUUUAUUAUUCUCCUUCUCCAUCUCCAUCUCCAUCUCCCUUUGUUUAUCUCCAUGAAAAGGUUGCGAAACGAGAUUUAAGGGUGAAAUUUUGCGCUAUUUGAAUCCGAAGCUUACAAGUCCGAAUUGAUUUAUUGAUUUUGUCGCUAUGUCUCUCCGUAGACGGACUUUGCUCAAGGUCAUCGUUCUUGGUGACAGUGGGGUUGGCAAGACGUCGUUGAUGAACCAAUACGUGCACAAGAAGUUCAGUCAGCAAUAUAAAGCUACAAUUGGUGCAGAUUUUGUCACCAAGGAACUUCAAAUUGACGACAGGCUUGUCACACUUCAAAUAUGGGAUACAGCCGGACAAGAAAGAUUUCAAAGUCUUGGAGUUGCUUUCUAUAGAGGGGCUGAUUGCUGUGUUCUAGUCUAUGAUGUUAACGUGAUGAAGUCAUUUGACACACUCGACAAUUGGCACGAUGAGUUUCUUAGACAGGCAAAUCCACCUGACCCUAGGACGUUCCCAUUUAUAUUGCUUGGAAAUAAGAUUGACAUUGAUGGUGGGAAUAGUCGAGUGGUUUCUGAGAAGAAAGCUAGGGAAUGGUGUGCAUCAAAAGAAAAUAUUCCGUACUUUGAAACAUCAGCUAGAGAAGACUACAACGUCGAUGCUGCAUUUUUGUGCAUUGCCAAGACUGCAUUAGCCAAUGAACAUGAGCAGGAUAUAUAUUUCCAAGGAAUCCCGGAAACGGUCGUGGAGACUGAGCAAAGAGGUGGUUGCGCGUGCUGAAUCCAGAAACUGAGGGGACUCGGAACUAUCACACUCCCAUCCUUUUGGUUCCAAUUCUUUUUAUACAUUUUUGCUUUGGUUUUGUGAUUCAUGACUAAUCCUUGAUUGCACACCCUCUGUUCCAUGAUCUAACAACCACUGAGACUUGAGAUUAUCCUUUUCUGUUCUUUUCUUUUAUUUUCUUUUCUUUUUUUUUUUUUUUUUUUUUUUUUUUUUUUUUUUUUUUUUUUUUUUUUUUUUUGAAGAAAUUAGCUUCCUUUUUGGUGAGGUACGAAAGAACUUUGUGGGAUCUCGUGUGAAGGAUCCAUUAUUUCGAGGAUUCUCAGCACCGCUGUGUUUUUCAGUUAAUCGUUUUUGAGAUGAACGAACACUACGGUGAUUCCUGUUCUAUUUGAACUUUUUUUAAGGAACUGAGAGUGGAUUCAUUGGUUUUUUUUA